UGAGGCUAAACUUAUAGGUUAGUGCUGUUUGGCGAACUCGAGCGACUGAUUAAACCCUGAUUAAACAAGCAGCGAAAACACUGAUAUUUUUAAAAUCCUGUCCCGUAUAGUUGGAAAGCUCUCAAACAGUUGUAUGAAAAUGUCAGCGUAAAAGAGGCAGGUUUGUGAUUGGUGCAAUGUGAGUAGUGUUGGUGACAGUGAUUAUACGACAGAGAGCAGCGAAUGUGGAUCCAGUUGAUUCUGAUCACACUGUGGAAACAUAAGGAACAGAUGUGCAGACAGAUCUGCUUCUCCAACCACUUAGUCUUACAUGGAAAAGACUGAGGCUUGUUUCAGUUCUGAUCCCGCAGUGAAUCAGGAUUUUUUCCCAAAUGCACCUGAGGAAGAAUAUCAAGAAGAGGGUUUCAUCUUUAGCAGUUGUGCCAGCUCCAGCCAACAGAUGUUGGAAGGAGGAAAGGAUGGAAAAGUCUGCAAGGGAAAGUACCACCAAAGUCUUCACCUGUUCAAACCCUUCCGAACUACACACAAACACAAGCAUCCAAUUGACAAUUCAGGCCUAUUCUCUUUUAUGACCCUGAACUGGCUUUCUCCACUAGCAUGGAAGGCCUACAAAUAUUCUCGCCUGGAAAUGACUGAUCUUUGGAAUUUAUCUUGCAAUGAAUCCUCUGAAACAAAUUCCCGACGCUUUGAGAAGCUAUGGCAGGCUGAACUGAAGCAGCACGGACGAGAGAAGGCCUCUCUGGGACGAGUGGCCUGGCGGUUUUGUCAAACAAGGGCUUUCAUCGCUGUUGGCUGCCUGAUGAUUACAAUGAUAGCCAGCUUUGUUGGACCUGCUGUUGUCAUUCGGAGACUAUUAGAGUAUGCACAAGCACCAGAGUCAAACUUUCAAUACGGACUGCUGUUAGUCUGGGGCAUUUUUAUGGCCGAGUUAGUGCGUUCCUGGUCAUUUGCAUUGACCUGGGCUUUAAACUAUCGCACUGGAACACGGCUUCGGGGUGCACUACUUACACUGGCCUUCGAAAAAAUUCUGAAGCUACGAAACCCGAAAGAUAUUACAGUUGGAGAAUUGGUGAACAUCUGCUCAAAUGAUGGACAACGGCUCUUCGAAGUGGCCUCUGUGGGUUCCAUGUUGACAGGAGGUCCAUUUGUUGCCAUACUGGGAAUUAUCUAUACAACUCUGUUCCUUGGGCCUACUGCUCUGCUAGGAUCAGCUGUCUUCAUUCUUAUCUAUCCAUUAUUGAUGUUUAUGUCCAGACUGACAACUUAUUUCAGGAAGCAAUGUAUUGCUGUCACCGACAGACGUGUGCGGCUGAUGAAUGAAAUUUUGAACUGUAUCAAGUUCAUUAAGAUGUACACCUGGGAAAAAUUGUUUGCUGAGAAGGUUCAUUCGAUCAGAAGCAGAGAGAGACAGUUUUUGGAAAAAGCAGGUUAUGUGCAGAGUAUCACAGUUGGAGUUGCUCCAAUUGUGGUUGUACUUUCCAGUAGCUGCACAUUCACACUCUACAUGGCAUUGGGAUAUGAUCUAACUGCAGCUCAGGCAUUUACUGUUGUUGCAGUCUUUAAUGCAAUGACCUUUGCCCUGAAAAUCACACCAAUAUCUGUAAAAGCUCUAUCAGAGGCAUCUGUUGCUGUGGACAGAUUUAAGCAUUUACUUUUAAUGGAAGAACUAGAAGUUGUGAGGAAGGAGCCUAUUAGCCCACACAAUGCCAUUGAAUUUUGUGAUGCUACCUUGGCAUGGGAAAGCAGCAGUUCCUGCUUCUUAGAAAGACAAAUAGAUGCAAACAAAGGUGACAUGAAGAAGAUGAAAAAGAGGAAAGGAAGAGGGAUAGAGAAGAAAAAAAUGAAUCUUUAUGUUGAAGCUGGUCCAGAAAAUUCACUUGAUUCACUUGAUCAUGGCACUAAAAUACAGUAUGACCACGAUGACUUACAUGUUAAUUUAUCAUCUCCAAAACCCAAAUUCCAGACAGUCUUACAUCAUAUCAACUUAAAUGUUGAACAGGGUAAACUGGUAGGCAUUUGUGGAAGUGUGGGUAGUGGGAAAAGUUCUCUGAUAUCUGCUAUCCUAGGCCAGCUGAUACUGCUUGAAGGGAUAGUUGCAGUGAGAGGCACAUUUGCGUAUGUGGCCCAACAGGCAUGGCUUUUUAACGCAUCUCUCCGCGACAAUAUCUUAUUUGGCAAAAGUUAUGAAGAAGAAAAGUAUAAUAACGUAUUGGAAGCUUGCUGUCUGUAUCCUGACAUAGAAAUCUUACCUUCCGGAGAUAUGACUGAGAUUGGAGAACAUGGUGCCAACCUCAGUGGAGGGCAGAGACAACGGAUUAGUCUUGCACGUGCUUUAUACAGUGAACGAAGUACUUUCCUUCUGGAUGACCCACUGAGUGCAGUAGAUGCCCAUGUUGGAGCUCACAUGUUUACAAAUGCUAUUAAGAUGGGAAUGAAAGGGAAGACAGUUCUCUUCGUCACUCAUCAGCUUCAGUAUCUUAUAGAUUGUGAUGAAGUGCUGUUCAUGCGGGACGGUUGUAUUACUGAACAAGGCACGCAUGAGGAGCUAAUGACGCUUAACGAAGAUUAUGCUGCACUGUUUAAUAGCAUGCAGCAAGCUAAUCUUAUUCAAAAAGACCUAAGAAACACUGUCAAAAAAUCUGGAAAUAAAACUGGAAAACUACUUUCUGUGAGCAAGUCAGUGUCUAUUGUCCAUGAAAGGAUGAAGGAAGACCAGCUUUUGCAAGCAGAGGAAAAAGCUGGUGGCUCUGUGUCUUGGUCAACUUAUGGAAUUUACAUCAAAGCUGCAGGAGGUACUUUCAUCUUCCUUCUGAACAUUCUUCUGUUCCUGCUGACUGCUGGCAGCAUAGCUUUCAGUAACUGGUGGCUGAGCUACUGGAUUAAUCAGGGCAGUGGGAAUACAGCAGUGACUAAGGGUAAUGUGACCUACAUAAGCAAUAGCAUGAGAGACCAUCCAAAUCAUAACUUUUACACUUGGGUUUAUGCUUCAUCCAUGUUGGCUGUACUCCUCUUCAAGACAUUACGUGGAUACAUAUUUGUUAAGUGUACACUUCGAGCUUCCUCCAAGCUGCAUGAUGCUCUACUUAAAAAAAUUCUUCAGAGCCCAAUGAAAUUUUUUGACACAACACCUUUGGGCCGCAUUCUGAACAGGUUUGCAAAGGAUAUGGAUGAAGUGGAUGUGCGGCUGACCACUCAGUCUGAAAUGUUACUCCAGAAUAUUAUUCUGAUAUUGUUCUAUCUUGGCAUCGUCAGUGCUGUCUUCCCAUGGUUUCUUAUUUCAGUGUUACCCCUCUGCAUUAUCUUCAUGAUUGUCAACAGGAUUUCAAGGGUUUUAGUUCGUGAACUUAAGAGAAUGGAUAGUAUCAGCCAGUCACUGCUGACAUCUCACAUUACCUCCAGCAUCCAAGGUUUGUCAACUAUUCAUGCUUAUGACAAGGAAAGUGAGUUCCUACAAAAGUAUCAAGAGCUGCUGGAUUGUAAUCAAGGCCCACAUUUCCUAUUCAGUUGUGGCAUGCGAUGGCUGGCUGUACGCCUGGACCUCAUUAGUAUCAUACUCAUCACUAUAGUGUCGGCAAUGAUGGUUUUCAUGCAUGGAAGGAUUCCACCAGCCUAUGCAGGUCUAGCCAUCUCCCACACAGUCCAGUUGACAGGACUUUUCCAAUUUACGGUCCGCUUAGCUUCAGAAUCAGAAGCCCGGUUCACAUCUGUAGAAAGAAUCAGGCAUUACAUCAAGAACUUGGAAUCAGAAGCACCAUCUCAUAUUCCAGAGACGGCACCUCCUCUUAACUGGCCUCAGGAAGGACAAAUCCAGUUUCACCAAGUGGCAAUGUGUUACCGUGACAACCUACCAUUUGUACUUAAGAAAGUUACAUUUACCAUCAAACCUCAGGAAAAGAUAGGAAUUGUUGGAAGAACAGGAUCAGGGAAAUCAUCCCUGGGAGUGACAUUGUUCAGACUGGUAGAAAUUUCCAGUGGUAGCAUUACAAUAGAUGGUGUGAAGAUUAGUGAUAUUGGACUGGAUGAUCUUCGAAAGAAGCUAUCCAUUAUCCCACAGGAACCUGUGCUCUUUGCUGGCACUAUUAGAUCAAACCUGGAUCCUUAUAAUCAAUAUACUGAUGUUCAAAUUUGGGAUGUGUUAGAAAGAGCUCACAUGAAAGAAAGUAUUUUACAGCUGGAAGGGAAACUUGAAUUUGAGGUCAUGGAAAAUGGAGAGAAUUUUUCUGUGGGUGAGAGGCAAUUACUGUGCGUGGCUCGGGCCCUUCUUCAACACAGCAAGAUUUUACUUCUGGAUGAACCUACUGCUGCCAUUGAUACCGAUACUGAUGUAUUGAUUCACAAGACCAUUCAGGAGGCUUUUUCUGACUGUACAAUGCUAAUUGUAGCACAUCGUCUUCACACAGUUUUGAACUGCAAUAGGAUAAUGGUGUUGGACCAGGGAGAGAUUGCUGAAUUUGACAGCCCCGGAGUCCUGCUCUCUAAUGACAAUUCAAGAUUUUAUGCAAUGCUUAGCUCAGUGGAAAACAAGAUAAUAGCUCCAUCAUCCAGCAGCAAGUCUCCUUGAUCAGCAACCAAGUCUCAAUUCUCCGCAGUUACUGGCCUGAUUGUGAUUCAUCUCUGAGGGACCUUUAUGAUAAUAUUUAAGAAAAAGUUUGGGAUGUUUUGUGGCUGGAUAAAGUUAUUUCAAGUAAAAUGACACUAAUGCAUACAUUAUUUAUUAUAUCUUGGAGGCACCACAAUCCAUCAAGUAAUUUGCAUAGUGGAUAUGCCUUUGAGAGGAAUAGCAGAAUGAAAUGCAUAUAGAGUAAUUGAUUUAGUACAGUUUUGCCUAGUAUUCUGUUUCUUGAUAAUGAUAUUUAAAAUAGUUGUAGGUUGUUAAAUUACUUGGUUCCUUUUCACUUUGUAAGUUAGAGCUUUUAAAUUCCCAUCUGAGGAAUCAUCCUUGCGAAAAGCUAUUUUUUAAAUGGAAGAAGAGCAAAUGAAUGGCAAACGCACACUUAGAAAACAGUGCAUUGGAGGUAAAAUAAUUAAUGAAAGGCUUUAAGGUGAUCUUAGAAUACUUAACUAUCUUUAUUGUAAACAGUAAAAUAUCCAUAAGAAAUGCAUUUUCUUUUCCCUUGGCAAUUCUUUGCCCCUCGUAAUUUUAGAUCUAUAGAAUAGGGACCUUUCCUCAAUGCAAUUUACACCAUCAUUAGAAGAUCACACACUGUGUUGUGUUACUCAGUUGACUCCCUCUGUUGAGGCAGCAACAAUUAUUCCUCUAACCCACUCUUCAUUGAUAGAUGAAGUUCACUCCAUUGCAAAUUGUAUCCUAUAAUUCUCUUUCUGAGAACGGACACCAAUAUUUAACAUAUUUUGUACUAUUUUAUGAAAAUAGAAUGUUUUAGGAUUAGGAGCACCUGAUCUGUAUAGUGAUCCAUUACAAUCCUCGAGUGUGCUGUGCAAGCAGAGCUCUGAGUAAUGUCAGGGAGGGAGAUCUAACUGUAAAUAAUGUACUUACUUCACCGUCAAAUUCUUUUAAACAGAAUUAUAGCUGUCAGUGGAUCAAUAUUUACAAUAUUAUUAUAGUAUUUUGAAUAAGCUACAGUAAUAUUUUGAUUUAAAGCUUUCAGCAUGUAAUUCCAUUGCAACCAGAAUCUGUUCCCGUAAAAAGGCAUUUUCAUAAAAUCUAUGGUGCUUGUAUAGGGAAAUUGAAUGCAAUCAGUUUACUAGGUAAUGGUUAGGAAACUUCAGCAUCUGUAAGAUGUAAAUAGUGUCAAGGUGAUUCAGCAAUGCCUGCAAGUCCAAUAAUGCACAGCGUACCUGUGGAAAUUGAAAAAUGGCCACUAUUUCUAAACAUGUUAAAUAAGAACAUUUCUGACAAUCUUAAGCAUGACUGUCAUAGCUCCAGUAACAUGCUGACUGAUCAGAGCAAUGAUCUUUGAGGACUGGAAAAUGUGUGGUUGAACUUUUAUGAAAUGUUCUUUCUGUUAAUAACUCCCCCCCCCCAAUACAUUAACAUCAAACAGUAUUACAGAAAUACACGUUCUGAAGUACUCUCAGCAGUUGUAUGAAAUCCAUGAUAAUUAAUUGAAUGAAAAUUAGCAUUUAUUUUUUCUAAACAUAUUGAUAAAUGUAACUUCAUAGUGGGGAGAAUAAGAAUCAACUCUUGUCAAUGUUGUAUUUCAUAUAUUCACUGUAUUUUGAGGUUAAAACUGACAAUUCAUCCUUCCAGUUGCAGGAAUGUUGCUCUAUACCCAAACUGUUAUGAUUCACAAAUGCUUUUGUGCU